CAGCCGGCGGCCAUGGCAGAACUCUCAGCGGCACCCGUCCUUUCGACGCCCGCCGAACACACCUUUGAAUACCCAACACCGACGCCUCCGCCUCCGCCUCCGCCAACCGCCGACCGCACCCAAGAUGAACUCGCUUCCGUCUACGAGAUCGAGCGCACGGCGCGCGAGAUCAAGGAGGGCGGCUGGAACCGCGUCGCCCUCCAGUUCCCUGACGCCAUGCUGCGCGACGCCUCGUGGGUCGCAGAGGCGCUGACGGAAGCCCUGGGCGGCAGCGAAUCCCAUCGGGUGUAUAUCCUCGCCGACACGUCCUACAGCGCCUGCUGCGUCGACGAGAUCGCGGCCGAGCAUGCCGACGCCCAGAUUGUCGUACACUAUGGCCGUUCAUGUCUGUCACCGACGUCGAGGCUGCCCGUUAUCUACGUCUUUACGCGGCACACCCUCGAUAUUGACCAGGCAGUCGAGGCUUUCUGCAAAGAAUUCCCGGACAAGCAGCACAAGGUGGUUGUGGUGGCCGACGUCACAUAUCAGGACCACGUCGUUCCCCUCACCACGAAACUGCGCUCCGCUGGGUACACAGAGUUGCUGUAUACCGAAGUGGCACACGACCCGACCGGCACGAUCCCGAACCGCAAGAUCAUCGACUCUUCCUCCUCCUCAAACGCCCCGCAGACCACCGACCUGUCCGAGCGCUCCCUCUUCCACAUCUCGACACCACCCCCGGCGCUCCUCCUCGCCCUCCAGACCCGCAUGGCCUCCCUCCAUGUUCUCUCGACGCCGAGCCUGUCGACCGAGGAUCCGACACGGACAACAAAUGCCCUCCUCCGCCGGCGCUUCGCCCGCGUCCUGACACUGGCCACGGCCGGUGUGGUGGGCAUCCUCGUCAACACGCUCUCCGUGUCCAACUACCUCGGAAGCAUCGACCUCCUGCGCCGGCGCAUCGCCGAAGCCGGGAAAAAGAGCUACACGGUCGUGGUGGGCAAGCUGAACGCCGCGAAGCUGGCCAACUUUGCCGAAGUCGACGGCUGGGUUGUCGUGGGGUGCUGGGAGAGCGGCCUGGUGGAGGAGGACGCCGGAUUCUUCAAGCCUGUCAUCACGCCCUUUGAGAUGGAGGUGGCGCUGAAGCCGGAGAGCGAGCGCGUGUGGGGCCUCGAGUGGUGGGGAGGCAUCGAGAAGAUGGACCACGACGCGGUCAGACACGAGGAGGAGGCGCUGGACGAGGACGAGUCGGCGCCGCCAGAAUACGACUUGCGCACCGGAAAGCUCGUGGCCAGCCGGCCGAUGAAGAUGCCGAUACGUUCAGCCAACGGCGAACCCAAGACCGGCGACGACAACGGGGAGGAAAGCAGCAGCAGCAAGAAGCCUGGGCAGUCGGCGUUGGUGAAGCGUGAGGUGGGCGAGGUGGCCACCAUCAACGGCGUGCUUAGCCCGGGUGCCGAGUACUUGCGUUCACAAAGAACGUGGCAGGGUCUCGGGACGGACUACGAUGAGGAGAGCAGUACUGUCGUCGAAGAAGGCCGAAGCGGUGUGGCGCGAGGUUAUACGGUUGGCGAGGAUGCUGGCAGGGCAUGAAAAAGAGCGACGAUUGACCGGGGGGGGGGGUUUUUUUUUCUUCUUUUUCUUUAACUCUUUAUGAAU